AUGAAAUAAAUAGAUAAGUUACUUAAACGUCAUACUAAUGUUAAUGAAAUAAUAUAGGAUAAAUAGGGAUUGGAAGCUUUUAAUAUAUUUAAAAGUUUUAAACAUGCAAUUGAAGAUAAAUUAAAUUAACUUGAAGAUGAAUUGAGAUAAUUAAUAUUGAAAUUAGUUAAUGAUUAAAAAAUAAAUGAUUAUGGAUAUAAGUUUCUAUAGAGUCUCAAUUAAUUCAAUGAAUAAGACAUAAAAGAAUUGAGAUUAUUCUUAAUCAAUCAAUAAUAAAACAUUUAAAAUAAUCAAAUCCAUUUAAAAGAAAAAGAGAGUAAAUAGUAAUUGAUAUAACUCACUUCCUAUUUAUAAGAUAAAAUACCUAAUAUUUAAAAUUAAGUGAUAGAUUAAUUAGAUUGUGUUAAUAGUACAUUCUAUACAAAAACUGAAAGAGUGGAAAGAUUAAGAAAAGUUUGGAUAUGUAUUUAUAAUUAUUAAUUAAUUUAAUAGCUGAUGAUGGAUAAAGUAAACCAAGCAUAUUUGAUAAAACUACAAUUAGAGCUAAUGUAUUUUAAGUUAGAGAAAAACAAUUAUAUUUAAUAGGAAUCUUUUAACCAAUGUUAUAUAAAGGUAGUUAUAAUUCAACUAAUUAUGAUUCAUAAGUCAAAACUCCAAAAUUAAUUUAUAAAUUACAUGAAGAUACAAAUUUAACUAAAUAUAUUUUCAAAUAACAUAAAAUUUUAGAACAUGAUAAAUUAUAAAUUGUAGAUGGACAUUUAUAUUUUAUUGAAUUUAGAAAUCCAAUUAAAUUAUUACCUAAUAAAACUUAUACAAUAUCCAUAUCCACAAAAGAAGCUAAAUUAUUUCAGACCUAUCAUUAUUCAAUUCCUGUUAUAGACCAUCCUUUAAUUAAAUGGUAAACUGAAGAUCUGACAGAUUCUGAUAUAUUCAUCAAAGGACCUUAUGUAUAACAUAUCUAUUCAUAUGCUAAUAUCGAUUAGAUUCCAAGUUUAGUUGUUAAAACAUGAAAUUUAUAAUUACA